GGCUGCUCUGUCAGCUCUUUGUUCAUAGUGGCAACGGUUGGACAUUGUCAGCGUUUCUACUCUUACGGUUGGGCGGUCUCAUUCGUCUUUCGACAGUUGCGGAAGACGAUCUGUAUUAUCGAUUUGUUCGAUUUUUUCAAAUAAACCUCGCUUAUCUUCCUUCGUCAACAAUCAAAAAAAUAUAAUGGCUGAUGACUGGGGCAAUACUGUUUCUUACACUAAUGAAAAAGAUCAAUCUUAUUUUGAUGAAGGUGGACGUAGUUAUGGAAAAGGAAGAGGAUUUAUAAUACAAAAUAACAAUAACGAUGAUUGGCCUGUGGGUAAAAUAAAUUCCAAUAUUGGAAUUAUAAAUGAAAGUGAAUUCAACAAUGAAAAUUAUUGGCAAUGUAACGAUAAGAAGAUUGAUAUUGAAGAAACUGGUAAAGGUAAAGGUAGAGGUCAUGGUAAAGGAGGAUCUAGAGGAAGAGGAGGCAAUCGUGGAAGAACAGGAUUUAAUAAUAGAAAUAAAGAUGGUGAUAAUAAUAAUGAGAAUAACGAUUAUGGUAAUCAGGAUAAUAGAAACGAUAAACGAAAAAAAACAUUUGCUGCUCGAGAAGAUAAUGAUGAGGAAGAAGCACAAAAGCCUAAGGAACAAUAUAUUCCGCCAGAAUUACCUAAUGAUGAAAAAUCAUUAUUCGAAAAUGGUGUCGAGAUAGGCAUUAAUUUUGAUAAAUAUGAUAAUAUUCAGGUUAACGUGAGUGGAGAGAAUGUCCCUCAAUCGAUAGAAAGUUUUGAGGCAGCUGGUCUUAGAAAUAUUGUUUUAGACAAUAUAAAAAAGUCCGGAUAUAAAAAACCUACUCCUGUACAGAAACAUGCUUUGCCAAUUAUUAUGAAUGGUAGAGAUUUAAUGGCUUGUGCUCAAACUGGUUCAGGAAAAACUGCUGCAUUCGCAGUCCCUAUUAUAAAUACAUUAUUAGAGAGAUCUGUCGAUUUGGUUGUAACUUCGACAUAUUGCGAACCGCAAGUUGUCAUCGUGUCGCCCACUCGAGAACUUACCAUACAAAUAUGGCAACAAAUUGUUAAAUUUUCACUCAAUUCGAUUUUGAAAACUGUAGUUGCAUAUGGUGGAACAUCUGUUAUGCAUCAAAGAGGAAAGCUUUCUGCUGGUUGCCACAUACUUGUAGCAACACCUGGAAGAUUAUUAGAUUUUGUAGAAAAAGGAAGAGUAAAAUUUUCUUCUGUACAGUUUCUCGUAUUGGAUGAAGCUGAUCGUAUGUUAGACAUGGGAUUUUUACCUAGUAUCGAAAAGAUGGUGGAUCACGAGACUAUGGUUCCUUUAGGUGAAAGGCAGACAUUAAUGUUUUCUGCCACUUUCCCGGAUGAAGUGCAACAUUUGGCAAGAAGAUUUUUAAACAAUUAUUUGUUCCUUGCGGUUGGUAUCGUAGGUGGAGCUUGUUCAGACGUGGAACAAAACUUUUACGAAGUUGCUAGAAAUAAGAAAAAAGACUUGCUCAAAGAAAUAUUAGAAAGAGAAAAUGAUUCGGGUACAUUAGGCGGAACUCUAGUAUUCGUCGAGAUGAAAAAGAAAGCCGAUUUUAUUGCUGUUUUCUUAUCUGAGAAUAAUUAUCCUACUACCAGUAUUCAUGGCGAUAGAUUACAGAGACAAAGGGAAGAAGCAUUAGCUGAUUUUAAAAGUGGAAGGAUGUUCAUUUUAGUAGCUACAGCGGUUGCUGCGAGAGGUUUAGACAUUAAAAAUGUUUCGCACGUUAUAAAUUACGACUUGCCAAAAGGGAUUGACGAGUACGUUCAUCGAAUUGGAAGAACUGGACGUGUAGGAAAUCGAGGACGGGCGACUUCUUUCUUCGAUCCUGAAGAAGACGCACCAUUGCGAGGUGAUCUUGUCAGAAUAUUGAAACAAGCAAAUCAAUCCGUACCAGAUUGGUUAAUGGGUGGAAACGCGAAUAGGAAUUUCAUGCCUGGAAGAGGUAUAAGCAAAUUUGGAGGCGAAGAUGUUAGAGAGGUACGUAUGUGUUUAUAUAUUUUUAAUCUUUUUUUUCAUUCUAAUAUUGUAAUUGAAAUUAAAUAUAAUAAUAAUUAGAAAAUAAAUAAUAUAUAUAUAUACACAUAUACAUAUAUACAUAUAUAAUAUUUGUAUACAGUCUGAAAUAUUUGCGGAAGAAUAUACGGAAGAAGCAUAUUCCGUACCACAAGAACCGGAAGAAGAUUGGUAGAAAAUUUAUUUUUUUCAUUUACAUAUAUUUUAUCGUAUUACUCUUAGAAACAGAGUAGUAAGCUUUGUUUCUUUAUUCGCUAAGUCAGAGGUACAAAGAAUUUUCUAUUCAUUAUAUUUUUAUAUAUUUAACGUUAAUAAUCCAACAAGAUUAAUACAUUAAUAGUAACUUUUUUUUUAUCUAAAUAAACAGUAAUUAAUAACUUAUUUAUAUGAAAUAGACUGGAUUGUAAACUUGUUUAGAACUAUAAGUUACAUACGAGAUAAUAUAAUGUUAGUUUUGUUGAUGCGAAAAGUUUAACUUUAAGAGAUAAUAUGCAAUUUGCGAAAACGUUCCAGUUGUAUUUUUGAAUACAAGUUUAUCUUAUUGUAUCGAUCGUACAAAUAUUAGCUUUUAAGACCAAAUCAUGAAAUUAUUAUACGUAAAGACACAACACUUUAUUUUAUAAAACGGUACUCUCUAAUAUUAUGUUAAGUGUUUUGUACGUUCCUUUUUAUAAUAAAAAGUUGCAACGACGAA